AUGUUUGUUUCUGGCGAGAUCCAGAUGGUGCCCCUUGGCAUAGUCUCUUUCACAAAGUACAUUGCCCGCGUCAAGACGAUCCUUGAAGAGUCGGGCCUUGAGCACACCAUGCAUGACUCCGGCACAAACUUCCAGGGCGAGUACGCGCUCGUCUCCAAGGUCGUCGAGCAGUGCAUGCAGUCUGUGCUGGACAACGGUGCCCCGCGCGUGCUCUGCUACGUCAAGCUGGGUGCCCGCACCGACAAGGACUACCGGACUGAGCUGCCCGCCGCCCAGAAGGUUCAGAACUAUCUGGAGAACGAGCAAGAGUGA